AUGAUGACCCCGUAUAGGGGUAGAGGCCGCGGUUAUGGCCGUGGUGGGAGAGGGAAUAAUAAUAUGUUACCCCAGCCAGAAUCAAACAUUCCUCUAAUAGGGGAUUGGACUACUGUCUACAAAGGUAGAAAAAUGCAGCAAUUACCUGCAUCUUCAGCAAAAAAGGAAGAUAUUGCUUCCUCUUCCUCAAAUAAAACUAAUUCCUACAAGGAAGUUGCGGUUAAUAACCCACCUCAAGAACAAAUGGAUUAUUUUGAAAAUCCAGUAACUGAAAAAAUCAUGUAUAUUGAUGAUGAAGAUAUGAAGAUAAAUCCAAAUGAUGGGUGGUCUAUCAAAACUAAAUACCUCGAAUCAAGAGGAUAUCCAGGUCUUCAUGGAAAAUCUAGGCCCAACCUAGAAAUUCUCCUGACCGUUACCGAAUCGGUAACAAUUACUCACCAUUACCAAAACAAUAAUCCUAAAAGUUUUAUAAACUUCAGUAAAUGUCACAUUAACAAAAUUUUGUUACCAAGAGAAUGGGGUCUCAACCCAAAUGCGAAAAAGGCAAUAAGAAUUGCAGAAGGAAAGUAUAUUUAUUUUAAUUAUUGGGAUUAUGUCCAAGCUUUUGCUCAAGCUUUUUAUUACCAAAAUCCCAUGAACAAGCAUUCUUGGUUUUUCUCUAUCAAUCAAGAGUUGGUUAAUAAACCUAUACCAAAUUGGUUUUAUGAAUGGUGGGCUAAAUUUGGUCCAUCUUUGGAGAUUCUUUCUAAAGAAAUUCUUAACUUAUACCAUCCAUGGUGUGAUAAUAGUCCACUUAUUGUAAAAAAUUUAUCUGAUAAUUUGAUCACUGGACAAUGUCCAUUUUUGUUCUUUACUAAAUUUAAGAUUCCAUGGAUAUGGAGGUGGUCAAUCACCAUAUCAAAAAAUAAAUUCAACAUUUCCAUUUUAGAAAGAAAUUUCUUCUAUAAAUGGUGGAACAAGAUGAGUUCCAAACAAAUGUCUAUGAAAAACUGGAAGAACUUCUUCCAGAGGAAAUAUCCCAAUGAAACAGAAGAUGAAAUCAUGGUUAGGAUUUUGGAUCAUAUGAAGAACCAAUUCUUCUCUACUUUUCUAACAAAAGCAUCAAAAGAUGAAGAUUCAUCUAUGAAGACAAGCUCUUCCAUGGGAUCAAUGGAUUCUCAUAAUUUUGAUGGUUUAGCAGGAGUAGGUCAAGCAGAUGAACCUACUGCAGAAGAUUUCUGGGAUGCAAUGAUUUCAUCCAUGAAAGAUAUAAGAAAAACAAAGAAUUAA